AGCACCUUCAGCAAGCGCUGGGGGCUGGGACUGUGUGCAGAAAAUGCCCUGGAGGUCUCUGCAGUCAGGCCAAAGGAACAAAGUUUCAGUUGUGGCCUGGUUAGGGAGCACCAAAAUGGAUUGUUUUCCAUUGCCGGGUGUUCCAAGAGCCCCAGAGGAGAGCCAGGGGGCCAAGGAAUGGAGAGCAGGGACUGUGCAGGAGCUUCAUUGGUAUCAGUCCAGCUGCCCUUUUUUCCUUAUAUGUGCUCCCUGAGAAUGUUCUCCCCUCUCCUGUCCCCCAUUGGUCCUGGUUUACUGCAAUGCUCCGCCCCUGUUACCUCAUUGGUUCCCCAGUUGGCUACCCCUCCUCUGCACCACCUGUGCUCACUUCCCAUUGGUCCUUGACCCUGAGGUCCGCCCCUUUCCCCCCUUACCAAACCCUGUGUUCUCAGCCCCAUUUUGUCUCUGUCCCUGGACCCUCUACAUUGCAAUAAACUGUGUUUGGAGCUCUGCACACAGACCCGUCUCUGGUCUUGUCCAUCAGCAGGAUUUCUCGUUCCCAAACCUUGGGUGGAUGGAGGCUGCCAGGAAGAGGAAGAUGCCCCAGGACACCCAGGGAGAGACCAGGGAGGACAAAUGUCUGUGGCAAAACCUUGUGGAAGAGGCCAUUUUGAGUGACGCCACAGGGCAGGAAUCCAACGGGGAGGAAAAGCCACUGAGAUCCCCCAGGAGGAGGGCCUGCAAACCCAACCUCGGGUGCUGUGAGGAGGAAAGACCCACCCUGAGGCAGGAAGGUGGACAGAGCUUCAGCCAGGGAUCAGAGCUGGUGGCCCAUGGGCAGCUUCAUGGUGGGGAGAAGCCCUACAAGUGCUUGGAGUGUGGGAAGAGCUUCAGGCAGAGCUCACACCUGAUCAGCCACCAGAUGAUCCACACUGGGGAAUGGGCCUACGAGUGUGGGGAGUUUGGGAAGGGCCUGAGGUGCAGCUCAGAACUCGUCAGGCAUGAACUCAUCCACACUGGGGAAAGGCCCUACGAGUGUCCCCAUUGUCUGAAGAGGUUUCAGACCAGCUCCAGUCUCCUGCGCCACCAGCGGAUUCACACAGAGGAGCGGCCCUUCUGCUGCCCUGACUGCGGCAAGGGCUUCAAGCACAACUCCAACCUCAUCAGGCACCGGCGCAUCCACACUGGGGAGAGGCCCUACGAGUGUCCCCGGUGUGGGAAGAGCUUCACCCAGAGCUCCAGCUUGACCGGACACCAACGGAGUCAUGGUGGGGAGAAGCCCUACAAGUGCUUGGAGUGUGGGAAGAGCUUCAGGCAGAGCUCACACCUGAUCAGCCACCAGAUGAUCCACACUGGGGAAUGGGCCUACGAGUGUGGGGAGUGUGGGAAGGGCCUCAGGUGCAGCUCAGAACUCGUCAGGCAUGAACGCAUCCACACUGGGGAAAGGCCCUACGAGUGUCCCCAUUGUCUGAAGAGGUUUCAGACCAGCUCCAGUCUCCUGCGCCACCAGCGGAUUCACACAGAGGAGCGGCCCUUCUGCUGCCCCGACUGCGGCAAGGGCUUCAAGCACAACUCCAACCUCAUCAGGCACCGGCGCAUCCACACUGGGGAGAGGCCCUAUGAGUGUCUCCAGUGUGGGAAGAGCUUCACCCAGAGCUCCAGCUUGACCGGACACCAACGGAGGCACUGGUAA